GCUUCAUUUUCUAUACGUUCUAAAAAAUCUUUGGUCUCUUAUUAUUCAGUGAUUCAAAACAAACAAUAGAUACCACCUAGUGUUAAUCUUUUUCGAAGUGGUUAGGUGAUGUGACAAAGUACGACAUUAAUUCCUGUAAACAAAACGACAUCCGUUUCAAGAAUGAUGUGAUAUUUCAUUGCCCGGUUUUAAAAAAAAUUAAAGUGCGACAGGUUUGACUUUUUUCUUGCGACAUGACUUUGGGCAAAAAGGCAUAUCUUGCCCAUUUUUUUUCGGUCGAGUUUUUCUGUUUCAAACUCCUUCGUUCAAUGAAUGAAUCCCCACGUUGAUGUUCAUCGACCAGGCGGCAGCAGUGUAAGCAGCGACAUGCUGGAAACCAUUACUUACUCCAGCGAAGAUUGCACACCCCGUUACGUUGAAGGUCCUGAUGGCAAUGAGAUCUUAUGUGACUCGCCUGAACCUUCGGAAUUACCAAAGUAUUCCGCACCCGAUGACCAACCUCAAGAUCCAGCCUCCACUCACCUGUCUGCUUCGCCUCCACGACGCUCCCACUCACGCCACUCCCAUACCGAACGUGCCAAACCCAGAAAACGAAUAGGCAAUUACACCCUCGUCAGUACCCUUGGAUCGGGAUCCAUGGGAAAAGUCCGUUUAGCGGUGCAUAAUAUCACCCAAGAAAAGUUGGCGGUGAAAAUCGUUCCAAAAGAACACGCUACACGAGGAAAGAAAAAAGAUAAAAACGACAAUCGUCAAAUCCGUACUAUCCGCGAAUCCAGUAUCAUGUUGCUUUUACACCAUCCUUAUAUUGUCAGCUUAAAGGAAAUGGUGAUGCUUGAUCCUUACUACUACUUAUUUAUGGAAUACGUCAACGGCGGGCAAUUGUUGGAUUACAUCAUCGCCCAUGGCAAGCUCAAAGAAAAACAUGCGCGACGGUUUGCUCGACAGAUCGUGAGUGCACUAGAUUAUUGUCAUCGUAAUUCGAUUGUGCAUAGAGAUCUCAAGAUCGAGAAUAUCCUCAUUUCGCAAUCGGGACACAUCAAAAUCAUCGAUUUUGGAUUAUCGAAUCUGUUUUCACCUCGAUCUCAAUUGAGAACGUUUUGUGGAUCGCUCUAUUUUGCCGCGCCAGAACUUUUGAAUGCCAAAGAGUACACUGGACCAGAAGUCGACGUGUGGAGUUUUGGCGUCGUGCUUUACGUGCUUGUAUGUGGUAAAGUCCCUUUUGAUGAUCAAAGCAUGCCGGCACUCCAUGAAAAAAUCAAACGAGGCGUCGUUGACUAUCCUUCCUAUCUCAGUUCAGAUUGCAAAAACUUAUUGUCACGGAUGCUGGUGACGCAACCGUCUCAUCGAGCUACGAUAUCCGAAGUCAUCAUUCAUCCUUGGAUGAAUCGAGGCUACAGCGGUCCCGUGGAUAAUCAUCUGCCUGAACGUGCGCCUUUAUCGUUACCCAUCGAUAUGGAAGUCGUGCAAGGGAUGACUGGGUUCGAGUUUGGUACGGAGGAAGAGAUCAAGCAACAACUUGAAGAGAUCAUCAUGUCAGAACAAUACCAAAACGCCGCCAAAACAUUGGCCGAACGAAGUGCGCAAGUCCACCAUCAGCAACAGCAGCAUAGCCAUCAUCACCAUCAUCAUCAUCACCAAGGCGUUCAACGCUUCGGUGCUUCUCACAGCCAUAUUUCCGGUCGAAAGACGUUUCUUCUCCCUAAUGACGACCCUCAAUCGAUUCCCGCCGCAUACCAUCCCCUUGUGUCUAUUUACUACCUCGUCAAAGAACGCAUGGAUCGUGAACGACGAGAGGGAUCCGAAUCGAUUGCCAGUGAUUCACAUCAUCCCCUCGAUGCACCUUCCUCGUCUUCUUCCUCAUCGGGUCUACGUAUGCCGACCAUUGCCAUGCCCGAAGUGGCCCACCCGAGCAACGCCAUCUUUGAUCACUCGUUAUUUGCAAAGGAAGAAGAUGGGAUGCAUGGACACCAAGGCAUGUUUGGUCGUGCCUUUGCUUCCGGCGUAGCGUACGGAAAGAAAGGGAAAACCAACAUUCGUGUCGACGAUGAAGGCCAUAUUAUUGAUGUGGAUCGAUAUCAUCGAUUUGAACACGGACUAACCCGGUUAUUUAGUCGGACGUCCCGUCACUCGGAUCCUUCGGAUGAAGAAGAUCCGCCAUCGGGGCGCCGCUCGUCGCGCGAAUCCGGGGUAUUACGACGACUCAGUCAUGCCAUGGGCCGUAACUCGAUUGACAAUGGCCGCACGCGUAACCAUACACGAAAUAAAAGCGUUACCGUUAGUUCCUCCGCUGUCACUUCACCUGUUCCGAUACCGUCCAAAUCCGAAACGCGAGGGGAAAAGCCACCGGUGGGCGACCGUUCCUACAGCACAGCGUCGGCGACGCAUCAAGGUGCGGCUUUGCCGAGUCCCACUACAAGUCAUCCCACGACGGGCGCGCCAUCCAGUGGAUUUGGUCAACGAUUCAGUAAAAUGCUUUCAAGGCGAACCACCACAGGUGAUGUCGCCGAAUCGGCCCCGCCCCACAGCAGUCACCCUCAUCGUCCCUUCCAUCCGCACUCCCUCUCCCAUCAACCACACGCACGCAACCGACUACCAGACGCCUCGACGGCGGUGAACUCCAACCCUGUGAAAGAAGGCCGCAUUGCCCUUGGCAAAGCACCGGCUCAGGAAUUACCGCUCGUGGACUCUUCCCGACGGUCCUCAGAAAUGGCCCACAAUCAUCAACAGAACUUUCCACCCACUGCGCGGGGCGCGAUUCAAACGGGAACCGCGGAUCAAGUGAUUAAACCGGUGUUUUUGAAAGGUCUCUUUUCCGUGUCGACCACAUCCACCAAGCAUCCUUCGGUGAUUCGCGCCGACUUGAUCCGAGUACUGGAACGCAUCGGCGUCAAGUGGCGCGAAAGCAAGGGCCGAUUUGAAUGCGUUCAUGUGCCUAGCAUUGAUAUGAACCGUGUCAUCAGUAGAGCCAGUUCGGGUCAAGGGGACAAUGAACGUGGUGUGAAUGGGCAUGAUACUAUGGCCGCGGUAGGUCCAGGGACCAGUCAAGGAAGCAGUGGUAGUAACGGAAGUAGCGGCAGCCAAGGGCAACCUAUCACAGUUCCCGAUCUCGUUGUUCGUUUUGAAAUUUACAUUGUCAAAGUGCCCUGGCUUCUCGGGAUGCACGGUUUACAAUUUCGCCGGAUCAGUGGCGAUAUUUGGCAGUACAAAAAUAUGUGCAGUAGAAUUCUCGCUGAACUUAAACUGUAAUCUCCUCUCCUUUUUCAACCCUUUAUGUACACUUUGUUUCCCAUAUUUUUUCGUUUUGCAUUUAUUUUUUUCUCAAGAUCUCAAUAUCAUAUACAAUAAGUACCAUCCAUACGGAUAUAUCAUAUACAUGUGG